AUGGAAUAUACCACAGCGCCGAUUUUCGCAACUGUUGCUGCGGGAACAACGCUAGGGCUCAAUUGGACCACUUGGCCAGACAGCCACGUCGGCCCGAUGAUCACUUAUAUGGCCGCUGUCCCUAGUGGAACCAACAUCACCUCCUGGCAGCCGGGAACCUCCGCCGUCUGGUUCAAGGUUGCAGAGGCCGGAAAGAACUCCGCAGGUCAAUGGGCUGCAACUACUGUCCUUACGCAAAACAAGAGCAUCUACUCGUUCACUAUACCCGCGAAGCUCAAGCCCGGCCAAUAUAUAAUCCGCCAUGAGAUCAUCGCCCUCCACUCGGCUACCACUUACCCCGGUGCCCAGUUUUACCCCUCCUGCAUCCAGGUCCAGGUCACUGGAUCAGGCACCGCUGUCCCGCCUUCUUCUGCCCUUGUCGCAUUCCCCGGCGCGUACAAGUCCACAACACCGGGAAUCGUCUACAAUGUUUAUUCAGGCGAUAACAGCGUAAGCUAUCCACCACGACGACAAUCUGGAAAGUUUACUGAUCCGUCAUACAGGCCUACCCUAUACCCGGGCCGAGCGUGUGAGUAA